AUGAAUCCCAAUCCAUUCCCUCCCUCAGCGAGAGGCAGAGGGGGAAUCAACCCCUUUGCCAACAAUGAUAGGAACAAACCAAGGGCAAACUGGAGGAAUCAUCCAGAUUUUGAAGAAGAAGAACACAGGGAGGAAGGUCUGCCUAGGCCAUACAAGAUGGAGCACGAGAUUGACCACGCCCAGCCGGAACAGGGACGAAAUCUACACUCUCUCAACUCCUUGAAUGACAUGGGGGCACUACAGAGAAUAAUCAGGGAGAUGAUGGAGCCCAAAGCCAGAAGUGGAGAAAGGCCCACCUACAGAAAGCCAUAUCGCCUUACAUUGAUCAAAUACCUUUAUCACCAGGUUUCAAGGUGCCAAACUUCACCUUGUUCAACGGAGAAGAUCCCCAUGCCUCAUCAGUCGAACAUAUAG